AUGCCCAAGGACGCCUCCGACGACCACCACGCCUCAAGAGAAUUUACCAUGCUAGUACCAGCGUAUACCCCAGACCCGAUCCUUGCACUACCUGGAAUAAAGCUAGCCGUACGAGAGAAGAAGCGCUCGCUCCCGAGCUCAAGAAGAGUCGCAGUCUCCUUAGGCGAUUGUACGAUCAACGAUCAAGACCAACUCUGUUGGCGUGGUAGAGUAUGGGUACCCGACUACGAACCACUCCGUACGGGAGUUAUC